AAUACAGUCAGUUAAGUCAAAAGCCAAUGAGCUGCUAUAUUCAAGAGGCUCACACUCUCCCAACCUAUCCAUCCGUUUUUCUAACCUUGCGCCCUGAUCCGGGUCAUGGGGACUCUGGAGCCUAUUCCAGUUUGAAAGUAGUUUGUAAAACCCGAAGUAGCUCAAAGUGUUCUCCCUGACAUGGAUUAUCUGGUCACCCUAUUUUUAGGUAGGGUAUUUCUUUGGUGUAUUCUGGCCAGUUUCCUUCCUCAACUAGUGCCCAGCCUGCCCCCUAAGAGCGCGACCCGGAAGUAAUACCUAGUGUUUCUAUCAGUCAAGAUGGAGGAAGUUGGUGUAGACGACUGGUUAAUUGACUCGCUCCAGCUCUAUAGCGAUCUUCAUGUUUUUGAACUUCAGGACCCUACCCAGGUUAUUGAGUGGACGUCAGAUAAAAGUAUCUGUGUGGCUGGAUACAAAGGGACACAAUCACAUGAAAUCUUGGAAUUGCUUUUACCACAGAAAUUAUCUACUAAAGACAACCAGGGACUUUGUCCUGAGCGAGAUUUUAAAGUACAUCAUGGUGGUUUCUCAGAAGAACCCAUUAGCUGCCUGAAGUAUAUUUUGGGAUCGAAAUGUGUGGUGACCAGUGGUUUCCCUGGAUCCAGUCUGCAGAUAUGGCGGAUUGGAGGAGAUGAUACUGAUGCGAUCAAGAGGACUGGAUGCAUUAAUCAUAAUAAUAAGUCAGAGAAAUCAUGCAAAUUAGCAUCUGGAGUUACUGGAGUUGCACCGCGAGUCCUGCAUGGCUCACAGAUAAGGGAUGUUCAGCUAACUGACCUCGAAUCUGGAAGGUUGCUCUACACUGCAGGGGAAGAUCUGUCAGACAUCGUGAGUAGCCUGCAGUUUGUGGACACGGAUGUGUUCUUGGUCUGCACGAGCAGUGGUGACUUGUGGGUUGGUGACAUCCGGGAUGCUUCAGCUUUUCGGCGGAAUCCCGUUGGAGAGCUGGAUGGAUCCUACUGGUGCAUGGAUUUGAGAAAAGACACCUUGCCGUCAGAUCCUGCUGUUUGCACUGUGGUGCGCCUUUCUUCUGCCUCUCGGGCGAUUGUGUCAGACCUAAGAAAUCUGAAAAGUCCCAUCUGUCGAGCGCAGCUGAAUAUCCCACAUGGAGAUGCUGGCUGUGACUUCCUCAAUGUCACUUGGGCCCCAGCUUUGGACAAUUGUCUUGCAGUUUCAGGUUUUGGUGGAAUGGUACAUAUCUAUGACAUCACAGCUUGGAGGCCAGAAUUAACAGAACCCCAGUCGCUGUUUGUGCAUAAAGGUCACAUAAUGUCCACUGGUCCUGAAAGUGAAUUCAAUCCUACUAUUGUCACAACUCACUCAUGGCAUCCUUGGAGACCUAGGACUUUACUUUCAGCUGGUACAGAUGGAUCUUUACAUGUUUGGGAUUGGGUCGACAAAACACUAAAUAGCUGUUAAGUCUGAAAAGCGCUUCAGAUCAGCAGCUCUGCCAGGAUUCAAGUCUGACAUGCAGAUCACAUGACUUUGGGGGAAAAUUACUGAACAGUGUUUUUUCCGCAAAGUCCUGUGAUAUUAGUUAUUCGAUGACAUCUAAUAUUUUAAAAGCUAUACCAUUGGGUCAAUCCACUAUUUUUAUAAAUGAAUAUUAAAAUUUAAUUUCAUAAUCCUGAA